UUUCCGGUUCUGCCCUCGGAGAAGCGUGGAAGGAAGGGAAGGGCGUGCGCCUGGUGACCGGCCCUUUCCGCCUCUGCGUGGUCACGGGCUCCCGCCUUGCGUUGCAAUGUGGAAUCGUUCUGCCGUAACUUUUGGCCACAGCUUUGUUUGUUAAUAGAAGUGGAAAGCGAUGCAUUGAGAGAGAGGAAAAAGGUCUUACCCCUACCCACUCCCCAAGGGCCCCAAAGACCUUGCAGCUUUAUCUAGUUUCUAGACGCGCGUACUUGAAUGUUCAGCGGAGAAGGGCUUAAAUAUUGGGAAAGAGUGAGAACUCCUAGCAUUUUAAGGGAUUUGUAUAUUUCCAAAACUGACUUUUGACCACCGUCCAACGCCGGCAGCGUGGGAUUCGUGAGCGUCUCUCGCCAUCCUGCAGCUCCAACAUGUUCUUCUAUUGGUUAAGUCGGCUGUACAGGGGUUUAUCCAGCCCCACCGGAAGGACCACCCCGCUGGUCUGGGGUUCUCUCUCCAGAAAUCUGGUGCUGAGUUCACAGAGGAGAAUUCCAGAAUUCAGUAGCUUUGUUGCCCGGACCAACACGUGUGGAGAAUUGCGUUCUUCUCACUUAGGCCAGGAAGUGACCUUAUGUGGAUGGAUUCAAUACCGAAGGCAAAACACCUUCCUGGUCCUAAGAGAUUUCCACGGGCUUGUUCAAGUUGUCAUUCCCCAGGAUGAGAAAAUGCCAACAGGUGAGAUUGAAAUCAAAGUUAAAACAGCUGAACUUCUGAAUUCCUGCAAGAAGCUGCCUUUUGAAAUUAAAGACUUUGUGAAGAAAACAGAGGCUCUUCGUUUGCAGUAUCGCUACUUAGACUUGCGUAGCUUCCAAAUGCAGUAUAACCUGCGGCUGAGGUCCCAGAUGGUCAUGAAAAUGCGGGAAUAUCUCUGUAAUCUACAUGGGUUUGUGGAUAUAGAAACACCAACAUUAUUUAAGAGGACUCCGGGGGGUGCAAAAGAGUUUGUAAUACCAUCCAGGGAACCUGGGAAGUUUUAUGUUCUCCCUCAGAGCCCUCAACAGUUUAAGCAGCUUCUAAUGGUUGGUGGUUUAGACAGGUAUUUUCAGGUUGCCCGAUGUUAUCGAGAUGAAGGUUCGAGACCAGACAGACAGCCUGAGUUUACUCAGAUUGACAUAGAGAUGUCUUUUGUAGACCAGACUGGGAUCCAGAGUCUCAUUGAGGGUUUGCUCCAGUAUUCCUGGCCCAGUGACAGAGAUCCUGUGGUGGUUCCUUUUCCUUCUAUGACUUUUGCUGAGGCAUUGGCCUCCUAUGGAACUGAUAAACCUGAUACUCGCUUUGGGAUGAAGAUUGUAGAUAUCAGCAAUGUGUUCAGAAACACAGAGGUUAGAUUUCUUCAGGAUGCGCUGAGUAAACCCCAAGGAACCGUCAAAGCCAUUUGUAUCCCUGAAGGAGCAAAAUACUUAAAGAGGAAAGAGAUUGAGUCCAUUAGAAAACUUGCAGCUGACCAUUUUAAUCAGGAGGUCUUACCUAUAUUCCUGAAAGCAAAUCAAAACUGGAAUUCUCCCGUUGCUAAGUUCAUAAUGGAAGAGGAAAGGUUGGAACUGAUCAGACUAAUGGAGAUCCACGAGGAGGAUGUGGUCCUGCUAACUGCUGGAGAGCACAGGAAAGCAUGCUCUUUGUUGGGAAAAUUACGAUUGGAAUGUGCUGACCUUCUAGAAGCAAGAGGAGUCGUGCUCCGUGACCCAGCCCUGUUCUCUUUCCUUUGGGUGGUGGAUUUCCCACUCUUCCUUCCCAAGGAGGAAAAUCCCAGAGAGCUAGAGUCAGCCCACCACCCAUUUACUGCUCCCCACCCCAGUGACAUCCAGCUCCUGUACACUGAGCCCGAAAAGGUCCGUAGCCAACACUAUGACUUGGUUUUAAACGGCAGUGAGAUAGGAGGUGGUUCUAUCCGAAUUCACAAUGCAGAGCUACAGCGUUACGUCCUGGCAGCAUUACUAAAGGAAGAUGUGAAAUUGCUCUCCCAUCUGCUCCAGGCUUUAGAUUCUGGGGCGCCCCCUCAUGGAGGAAUUGCCUUAGGGUUAGACAGACUGAUAUGCCUUGUCACCGGAGCACCAAGCAUCAGAGAUGUCAUAGCCUUCCCAAAAUCCUUCCGGGGACACGACCUCAUGAGCAAUGCCCCAGAUUCUAUCCCUCCUGAGGAACUGAAGCCCUAUCAUAUCCAGGUCUCCUGGCCAGCAGACUCAGAAACAGAAAAGAGCCCAUUGGAUCAUCCACACCAUCCAGAAAGUUGAGCUUUUGAGUUUUGUUCUCUGUGCUUCCCCAAGGCUGAAAUCAGGUCCAGAGUUCUGCCACAGGUCUGACAGUCGGGUCUUCAGGAGAAAGGAAUCCAGGCAACAUUCUUCACCACAAUGAAGAAACAGAUAGAAGGUAUCCAGUUUUGACUUGAUAACAUGCAUUAUUAGGAUUUUUUUGUUUGGGACUUUUCUGAAGUUUCUUUUUACUUGGAGAGGUGUGAAAGAUGGCUCUUUAUUGGAGUAAUAUAAUGGCUUAGUGUUUUCUAAUCAUGUUUUUCAUGCCCAGACUGUAGAUUGUUCACCUAGGACAGAAGUAAUCAAAUCAUGUGUGAAAUAUGGGAAAAUGCUUGCCCCUUUAGAUUGGUCAGUUGAUGGAGAGGUCAGUUCAACCAGCCUCAUCAAGAGAAUCCUAUAAAUUAACUGGAUAGUGACAUUUCAAUUAUCAACAUAAUAUAGUGAGAAGCAACAUGAUAUAAUGCAAAAAAAUCACUGAAAUGAAAGUCACACAAUCUUAGUGUUUCACCUUGAGCAAGUUACAUAAACCUCUCCUAGCCUCCCUUCCCGCCAGCAUGAAAUGCGAACAGUACUUGCCCUGCUCGCCUCACAGGGCUCUUCUUGCUGGAAUCAGAGGAGAGGAUCAGAGGAGAGGAUGUAUGUGGAAGAUAGUGUGAGUGAAAAUGCUUUGAAAAACUGUAAAGCAUUCCACAAAUGUAAGAUAAUGAUAUUAUCCAUUUGUAAACAGAUAUAGACAUAUCUAUGUGUAUUUUAUAGUUUAAGAUUAAACAAGACUAUCUAUUAGUAAAAGAAAAACAGUAAUUUUAUGAAUCAGUAUUCUGUUUAUAUUUCUACUUUUAAAAAUAAUCAUUAAUCUCUGAAUAACACUUUCCCUCAUAAGCAGUUGAAAAUAUUAAUUGACCUUAGACCAACCUCAAUGUAUAAAAAAGUGAACACUGAAGCUCUAGUGUCUAAAAAAAGUGGACUCUAGCUCACUAUAAUUUUCUUAUCCGUUCUGAUGACACAAAUAAAAGGUUAUAAUUAAUUAAUA